AUGUUUCUCUCUAUCUCCCUUCUCGUUUUCAGACUGCAUAUGUCCUAGAUGGAAGUCCCAUUGUCGCCAGAGAAUAUCGGCGAGUUCAAUGAGAGAAACGAAAUAGCUAUUCUCAGUUAUUGGGCGAUGCCGUGUCAUUGAGCAUAUGGCAAUCAGACUUCUCGGAGAAUGGGAGGAUGCGGAAAAUGCCAGCACCAAGUUGGACGUCUUGGACAGGUUCAUCAGUACCAGUGGUUGUUCGGGUCAAAGUAUGCACAUCUUUAGGCAUUUUGUUAAGAUGUCGCUGUCGCUUCUAUCUUUGUUACGAACCUCGAGCUCUGGAUAGACGCUGCAUCUUUAUACCGAUCAUCCUAUAUUUGCUUUUGUACCAUGCUCAAGACAAUUCGACGUUAUUUCUAUGAUGACCAACGAGCAUUCAUGGUAGUUGCUCUUAUCGCCAGUGUCUUGUUUAACGUCCUUGCUGUCAGACGCUUGAGCUCCAAACAUACAGUCGACGAUAGCCAAUACAGUUACGUUGGUGAUGACCAUCCCACCGAACUACCCAUUCGCCUAGAUAGUGUGGCCAUGACAUUCGAGAAUACCGACCGCUACGGCACUGCAGGAACGAUGUCGUGGUAUGACUGGCACUCGCUGGACCAUUUCCCCAAGGGCCAUGGGUUUGUGCGACUGGGACCAGAUGGACGAAUCUUUGGCGUGUCUAUGUUCCACCAGAUCCAUUGCCUGGAUAUGAUUCGGGAGUCCUUCAUCAAAGGAGUCAACUCACACAGUGGACAUUGUCUCAACUUUCUGCGCCAGGCCAUUCUUUGCAAUUCGGAUAUCACUCUGGAUCCGAUCAAUAUAGAGAUUGAUGGCAAAAUAGUAGGCACGGACGGAACGGGCGUGACCCAUGUCUGCAGGGACUGGACACAGAUAUACGACUUCGUCAGAGAAAACCAUAAUGGCCCCAGCUGGGCGGAACAUAAUCUUACGGCGAAGGCAUAAUCAGGGGUCCAGGGGUUGGUGUCGCCAAUCUAGUGGCAUCAGGAGGCUUGACAAAGUUGUAGUGAAGGAUGAAUGUGAAAUCGUUUGACGACACCUGUUUGUCUUAAUACCACGGUCCAUGAUGUAUAUGACCUGAUAGAGUACGAAUGAACUAAGUUAGG